AUGGCUGACUAUCGAAAAGCAGACGGCGAAUCUAUUAUGCGCGCUUCUCCAGCCCGCAAUUCACUCUUCAAUUGUGCUAACGGAAUUUCAUCCUCUUCUUCCCAUUCACUCAGUUCCUCUUCUUCCCUAAGGUUAGGUUCAAUUACUGCCUCCUCAGAAGGUCCCGCUGGGGUCCGCUUUACCUCUCUCAGCCUUCGAAGGGGGGUUAUUAUAUCCUCUUCCUUUAUUUCCUCGCUAUCUAUCUUCUCUCCAGGCCUAUUCUUAUUCCAUACUCUCACUUGUUCGACAUCUCUCACUGGGAACCCCUCAAACGGUAUACCUGUGCCUUUCUCCUUCCCGUAUGUUCUCCACUUUUCCCUUGUCUUCUCGUCAACCGAGACAUGGGAAUCGCAAUCCAUUCCUCCCGUCUAUUCAAGGGUUGUUUUGUUCGGUGUGGUCCAUCUUUCUCCUGCGAGGGCAGGUUCGUCUCAGGUGACCCGCUCCUCCACAGCGCCAAAACCUUCGCUCAUUACAACUUGCCGAAAAGUGUCCGACCAUGCCACACGUCCAGCAUCUCAGAGGUCUUACUCGCACUGGGGCCACCCUGCCUCUUACUUUUUCACAGCUACAACGACGAUGAUAUUUCUUGAAGUCCUUAUCUCUGACUCGCCACUGGACCGAUUCACUGCAACGACAGUCUCUCUCUCUCUCUCUCUCUCUCUCUCAACGCCACUCUCGUCUAACGCCCAAGUCUCUACCAACUCAGCAAAACUCUAG